AUGAGGAGUAGCAACACUACAGAGCCGACACGAAUCACCAUCCUGGGGACGGAUAAUAUUGUCGUCGACCAUGGCAUUUGGCUCAAUUGGGUGACGAAAGAUCUCUUCGACAACGUCAAAUCGUCGACCUACGUUCUUGUCACGGACACAAACUUGUAUGACACCUAUGUGCCUCCUUUCAAACAUGCCUUCGACGGCGCUGCAGACACUACCGUCAGGCCUCGUCUCCUGACGUUGGCUAUUCCACCUGGUGAAAUAUCCAAAUCGCGACAAUCAAAGGCGCAUAUCGAGGACUGGAUGCUUUCGCAACAAUGUACGAGAGAUACAGUCAUCAUUGCAUUGGGUGGUGGAGUCAUUGGUGACAUGCUCGGCUAUGUUGCGGCUACAUUCAUGAGAGGCAUUCGCUUCGUACAGGUCCCAACGACGUUGCUCGCAAUGGUGGACUCCUCCAUCGGCGGCAAAACCGCAAUCGACACUCCCAUGGGCAAAAAUCUGGUUGGAGCUUUCUGGCAACCCUCCCGCAUCUAUAUCGAUCUUGCAUUCCUCGAGACGCUACCCUCGAGAGAGUUCAUUAAUGGCAUGGCUGAGGUCAUAAAAACAGCAGCUAUAUGGGACGAGAACGAGUUCACCGCACUAGAAGCCAAUGCUCCAAGUAUCGUCGCUGCUGUGAACCAGCCCACUGGGCCCGGAAGACUGUUGCCCAUUCGCGAGAUAUUAAAGCGAAUCGUCUUGGGUUCCGCUAGGGUCAAGGCCGAGGUAGUAUCUAGCGACGAGCGAGAAGGUGGUCUUCGCAACUUGCUCAACUUCGGACACUCCAUUGGCCAUGCCUACGAAGCUUUGCUCACGCCACAGCUGCUUCAUGGCGAAGCGGUUGCAAUUGGCAUGGUUAAGGAAGCGGAAUUGGCCCGGUAUCUUGGCGUUUUGCGCCCAAGCGCUGUCGCUCGGCUAGCGAAGUGCAUUUCAAGUUAUGGCCUACCAACCUCUCUCGGCGACAAGAGGGUGAUCAAGUUAACAGCGGGCAAAAGAUGCCCCGUUGAUAUCCUUCUUCAAAAAAUGGCGGUGGACAAGAAGAAUGACGGCAGGAAGAAGAAGAUUGUACUGCUUUCAGCGAUUGGGAAAACCUACGAGCCAAGAGCUACCACUGUCGAAGACGCUGCGAUCAAGGUCAUGUUGUCAGCUUCUACCUUGGUCACACCUGGCGUGCCAACAAGCCUUGCUACAACGGUGACCCCUCCCGGGUCCAAAAGCAUUUCGAAUCGAGCUCUCAUCCUUGCCGCACUUGGCGAGGGAACAUGCCGCAUCAAGAACCUUCUACACUCCGACGAUGUCGAGUUCAUGCUUACAGCCAUCACCCGGCUCGGUGGAGCUUCAUAUGCUUGGGAAGAUGCCGGCGAAGUUCUGGUCCUCACAGGAAAAGGGGGCCAGCUCCGAGCCAGCAGCGACCCUCUUUACCUUGGUAACGCUGGAACAGCCUCCCGAUUCUUGACCACCGUAGUGGCUCUGUGCAGUCCUGCGGACGUCUCGUCAACCGUCUUGACAGGCAACGCUCGUAUGCAGGUAAGGCCCAUUGGGCCUCUUGUUGAUGCGCUCCGAAGCAACGGAGUUUCCAUUGACUACCUCGGUCCAGGCAAGAGCCUGCCGCUCCGUAUCGAUGCUGCCGGCGGGUUUGCUGGCGGCGUGAUUGAACUUGCGGCCACUGUAUCGUCUCAGUAUGUGUCAUCAAUUCUCAUGGCUGCUCCAUACGCAAAGGAGCCUGUGACAUUGCGUCUUGUGGGAGGCAAGCCAAUUUCUCAGCCUUACAUCGAUAUGACACUGGCGAUGAUGAAAGCCUUUGGGGUACAGGCCGAACGGUCGAGCUCCGACCCCAAUACCUACCAUAUCCCCAAAGGAACAUACAAAAACCCUGCUGAAUACACCAUCGAGAGCGACGCUAGCUCGGCAACUUAUCCACUUGCAAUUGCAGCCAUCACGGGCACCACAUGCACGGUGCCCAACAUCGGAUCCUCGUCGCUACAGGGUGACGCGCGCUUUGCGAUUGAUGUACUCCAGCCUAUGGGUUGCACCGUUCAGCAGACCGCAACAUCAACAACAGUCACGGGACCGGCUCCAGGUGGAUUGCUAGGUCUACCGCAUGUUGAUAUGGAACCGAUGACUGAUGCGUUCCUGACGGCGAGUGUAUUGGCAGCGGUAGCCGCCGGAACCACUAAGAUUAGUGGCAUCGCCAACCAGCGAGUCAAGGAGUGCAACAGAAUUGCAGCCAUGCGAGAGCAGUUGGGGAAAUUUGGCAUUGCUACAGACGAAUUUGACGAUGGUAUCAUUGUGACCGGACAGCCUCUGGAUACUCUCAACCCCCCCGAUGCCGGAGUUUUCUGCUAUGAUGACCAUCGUGUUGCCAUGAGUUUCAGUGUUCUGUCUACAGUGGCCAACGCCCCGGUUACGAUACUCGAACGCGAAUGCACGGGGAAGACCUGGCCGGGUUGGUGGGAUACUCUGUCGCAAUCCUUCGGCCUCCGCCUCAACGGAGAUGACAAGCAUCCUGGGGCCGAAGGUCACCAUCAGCAGGAUCACACGACUCGCUCCGUCUUCAUCGUCGGCAUGCGAGGUGCAGGCAAAACCACGACUGGAAGGUGGAUGGCCAAGUUGUUGAAACGACCCUUCAUCGAUCUUGAUGAAGAACUUGAGCGAAGGUCGGGCAUGACCAUCCCCGAGAUGAUACAUGGCACGAAGGGAUGGGAAGGCUUCAGACGUGAUGAGCUGCAAUUGCUCCAUGACGUUAUGGAGAAUCAGGCAAGCGGUCACGUCUUUUCAUGCGGUGGCGGCAUUGUCGAAUCGCCAGAGGCCCGAAAACUCCUCAUUGCCUAUAGAGAGAAAGGCGGCUGUGUGCUGCUGGUGCACCGGGAUACGAAGCAGGUGGUUGACUAUCUGCUUCAAGACAAAACACGUCCAGCUUAUCGCGAAGAUAUCGAAGAUGUCUACUACAGGAGGAAGCCACUGUACGAUGAGUGCAGCAAUUUUCAGUACUUUAGCCCACAUCCGGCUGCUUCCGUGGCUUCCAGGGACGCGCCGCUGGACUUCAGAUGUUUUGUAGAUGCCAUCUGCGGUGAUGGUUCGAAGAUCACCAAGAUGACGGCCAAGGAACAAAGCUUUUUUGUUUCACUAACGGUGCCUAGUGUCGACUCUGCUGUCGAUGUCAUUCCGCAGGUUGUUGUCGGUUCAGACGCUGUCGAACUUCGGGUCGAUCUGUUGCAGGAUCAAACUCCGGAAUCGGUUGCGAGGCAAGUGUCAGCCUUACGGUCUGCUGCGGGGAUGCCCAUCAUCUUUACCCUACGGACUGUGUCUCAAGGCGGUCGUUUCCCAGAUGAGGAUCACACGCAAGCCCUCAGCCUUUACAUACUUGCACUCCGCAUGGGUGUUGAAUUCAUCGACCUAGAGAUGACAUGGCCAGAGCAUAUCUUGCAGACCGUCACAAAUCUCAAAGGUCGAUCACGGAUCAUCGCAUCGCAUCACGAUCCACGAGGUGUGCUUUCCUGGAAGAAUGGAUCAUGGACCCCUUUCUACAAUCGCGCACUGCAGUGGGGCAGUGUAAUUAAACUGGUCGGCACGGCGCAGUCGAUGGAGGACAAUUAUGACUUGGCGAGGUUCAAGUCCGACAUGCUCGCAUCUCAUCCAACGCCUAUCAUUGCUCUCAACAUGGGUGCUCUUGGUAAGCUCAGUCGCGUGUUGAAUGGCUUCCUCACGCCCGUAUCCCACCCAGCGCUCCCUUUCAAAGCGGCGCCCGGUCAACUGUCUGCUGCUGAAAUCCGCCGGGCAUUAUUCCUACUCGGAAACAUCGAUGCUCAGUCCUUUUAUCUCUUUGGCAAGCCCAUCUCGAAAUCCAGAUCGCCCGCACUUCACAACUCCCUGUUCGACCUGACCGGCUUGCCCCACAAGUACGGUUUGGUUGAGACGGACCAAGCGGAUGAGGUCGCGGCCGUAAUUCGCGAGCCUGACUUUGGCGGCGCGUCAGUCACCAUUCCACUCAAGCUGGAUGUAAUGCCGCUUCUGGAUCAAGUCUCUGAAUCAGCUAAGGUUAUCGGUGCCGUCAACACAAUCAUCCCAAUCCCUCUUGAUGGGAGUCAGAAACGCCGCCUUCUCGGCGACAACACAGAUUGGCGGGGUAUGGUGCAUUGCCUUGAGUCCAUCGGCGUGGCUUCUGAAUCGACUGCAGGCACAACGACAGCUUCUGCGCUGGUGAUUGGCUCGGGUGGCACAACGAGAGCAGCUAUCUUUGCUCUGAAGUCUCAUGGCUACCACCCUAUCUACAUGCUGGCUCGCAACGAGCAGAGCCUGGAGACCAUUCGAGCGUCAUUUCCGGCUGACUUUGACCUUCGAGCACUCGGGGGUCCUGCCGAGGCCUCCGCAUUGGCUGUAGCGCCCACCGUGGUCAUCAGCACGAUCCCUGCAGACAAACCCAUGGACCCAUCGCUGCGCGAAACACUCGAGGUUGUGCUGAAAAGCCCUGUGAGCGAUGAGCGAACCCGUGUGCUGCUGGAAAUGGCAUACCAGCCGCGUCAUACUGCGGCAAUGCGCCUGGCUGAGGAUGCGGGCUGGCGUACGAUUCCUGGCGCCGAGGUACUCGCUGCGCAAGGAUGGCAUCAAUUCCAAAUGUGGACAGACAUCACACCCCGAUUCAUCGACGCCCAAGCAGCAGUCAACGGUGACGUGCUUCCGACUUCUACCGAUUAG